UGGCAGAAUACCCCAGAGGCAAGAGCGAGGGCCACAGUUGAUGCUGGGUAGAGCAUCCUCCUGUGACGUAACACCAGCUGCAUCAGCUGUUAGCUGUGUAAUACGGUCUUUCCGUGGCUCGCUUUCUCCCGUCGGGAAAAUUAAUAAUAACAAUAGUGGGCCAGGUGAACGCUAUCUUCCUCGGAAAAUGGCUGCACAGGAGGUGCAGCCUAGUGAAACAAUAGCCAAGUUAAAAUUGGAAUCGGAGACUUUGAAGACGAAGCUUGAAGAGGAAAGAGCAAAACUGCACGAUGUCGAGCUACACCAAGUGGCUGAAAAGGUGGAGCCGCUCGGCCAGUUUGUCAUGAAGACGAGGAGGACUCUGAAAGGACACGGGAAUAAAGUACUUUGCAUGGACUGGUGUAAGGACAAGAGAAGAAUUGUGAGCUCGUCACAGGAUGGAAAGGUGAUCGUAUGGGAUGCAUUUACAACCAAUAAGGAGCAUGCUGUGACUAUGCCAUGUACAUGGGUGAUGGCCUGUGCAUACGCCCCUUCUGGGUGUGCAGUGGCUUGUGGUGGCCUUGACAACAAGUGUUCCGUGUACCCUUUAUCCCUGGACAAGAACGAGAACUUGGCAGCUAAGAAGAAGUCUGUUGCCAUGCACACCAAUUAUCUGUCUGCCUGCAGCUUCACCAACUCAGACAUGCAGAUCCUAACAUCGAGCGGUGAUGGAACAUGUGCAUUGUGGGAUGUGGAGAGUGGGCAGCUUCUGCAGAGUUUCCAUGGUCAUGCAGCUGAUGUGCUGUGCCUGGAUCUUGCUCCUUCAGAAACGGGCAACACCUUUGUCUCUGGGGGCUGUGAUAAGAAGGCAAAUGUAUGGGACAUGCGCACGGGCCAGUGCAUCCAGUCAUUCGAGACGCAUGAGUCAGAUAUUAACAGUGUGCGAUACUAUCCUAGUGGGGAUGCUUUUGCCUCUGGAUCAGAUGAUGCUACUUGUCGUCUCUAUGACUUGAGAGCAGAUAGAGAAGUGGCAAUCUAUUCCAAAGAGAGCAUCAUCUUUGGAGCUUCCAGUGUGGACUUCUCUCUCAGUGGCAGACUACUAUUUGGUGGCUAUAAUGAUUAUACGAUCAAUGUGUGGGACGUCCUAAAGGGAACUCGUGUGGCCAUUCUAUUCGGACAUGAGAACCGAGUCAGUACCCUGCGGGUGUCCCCAGAUGGGACAGCAUUCUGCUCUGGGUCCUGGGACCACACUCUACGGGUCUGGGCCUAACAACGUUACAAGCGGCUCAGUGCUGGUUUCAGUAAUAUCAGCAAGAUUUACAAGAACAACCAGAAAGUCAAUGUGUGGGAUUCAUAAGAAAUGUACAGUAGAGUAGAACAGGACUGAGGGAGAUGUUAGUUUAUACACCAACAUGCAGAUCAUUUGCUUGUUGAUACCUACAGGAAGCAUUAAAACAAGGGUCUAUACAACUGUGCAGUGUAUUGCCCCCUGUCCUAAAAUCAUUUAUACCAUUAUCUUUAAUAAAAGAUGACCCUCUCUUUAAAAACUACAAAUCUGCAAAUGUAUCUCUGUUCCCUGAUGACAUAAUAAUAACGUUAGGAACACAGAUGGUUAUAAACUGUAUGUAACAUAGUGUAGAUCUUUGCUAGAGGCUGGUGUGUUGAUCCAUUUAACUAAUUUACUGUAUCUGAUCCUAGACUCAAAUAGCAAAGCAGCAAGAGAAAGCAGAGAUUUAUGUGCAGAUUGUUAAUCUAAUAUGCAAACAAACCUUACUCAGUAGAAAGUAUACAUUAUCCUCUGAAAUAUAUAUGUCUAAUUGUUAUUAAGUAACACUUGCACUAUGGUACCAGUUGUAGCGAAGUGUAAAUAAUAAUGUCCACAAUAAGAGCAUCAUCAAUGAAAAUAAAUGGGUUUUACAUAUUGAAA